AUGCUUACAAAUAACCCUGAUCUUUUCAAGAACUGCGGCGUAUGCAACCCCGAGAUCAGUGAUCACAGUAUGAUUUAUGGCGAAAUGGCAGAAAAGGUUAAAAAACAUACAACCAAGACUCUAGUCCACCGACAAACUAAAACUACUGCCUUUGACAACUUUAACAAGGAUCUACUUCAUGCCCCAUGGCAUGUUGGUGAAAUCUUUGAUGAUUUAGAUGAUGCUUAUGGCUAUUGGACAAAUCUUUUUGAUAGUAUUGCAAAUGAACGUGCUCCCAUGAGAAAGAUACCAUGCAAAGCAAAACUGAUAAUCUACAAAUCAUCCAUCCUGCCUCACCUAACAUAUUGCCAUCUGGUAGGGCAUAACUGCAGAUCUUCUGACAACAGAAAAAUAGAGCGGAUUCCAAGAACGCGCACUUAGAGCAGUAUUUAACUCUCAUUCAGAAUCAUACGAAAACCUUCUGGUUCGCGCAGAGCUACCUUCACUACUAAAUCGAAGACUACAAGAUAUCGCUAUAUUAAUGUACAAAGUAAAAUAUGGCCUGGCACCGAGUAUUGUUGACGAAAUAUUUAAGCAAAAACGCAGUAGUUAUUCACUAAGAAACAGUGAUUUUGAUAUUCCUUCUUUUAACACUACUAACUGUGGAAAACAUUCUCUUAGAUAUCAAGGACUUCAUAUAUGGUCCCCGAAUAUUGAAUCUUUUAAAAAUAACAUUAGGAAAAAAGACCCAACGUCACUCUUAAACAACAACAAUAGCUGCUGUAACCUUUGCAAUUCUUAGAGACUACCUUUUACAUACCUAUUGUUUUAUUGUACAAUUAAUAGAUGCAUAUUUUAAUUGUAUAUACAUUUUUAUUAUUAUUAUUUCUUAUUUGUAAAUAAUUUUAAUUUUUUGUUGUGUCCCCAACUAGUUGUGAAAACUAAAUACAUUGACACAUUAAUAAAGCUUUUACUUUUACCGCUGUUUUUCUUACUUUACUUACUUUACGGCUCACGGUUUACCGAAAAUCUCUCGAAAUCUUUCCUCCAACGGCCCAACCUUCGACAAAAAGUACAAAACAGGUUUCCUUUUUUCAAACGUUGGUAUUAAACAAGGUAAAAUAGGCACAGAAAAGUCAAAGAUUGCUUUGAAUGCUCACGUUCACCUGAGGACGACAAAUCAAGAGAUCAUCACGUCCUGAACGUAAUGUGGACGACAUCACUGACAUGCGCAGAAGUUGCCGGCUUCGUGAGAACACUUUCGGUCGGCGUCCACUCGGCUCGUCGUCUAAGUUGUUUAAGGUCCCUAAUCAAACAAAGGCCCAGAACAGGACACCGAUCCUGUUGCGGGUGGUUUAUUCAGCGGGCCUUUUAACAGGCUAAUCAAAGAAUGGACGAUACCCUCACAUUGGUGGUUGUGUUGAAUUGAUGCCACCGGAACAUAGUUUGUUUAUUUCAUUUCAUAUAAGAAAUCGCUGCGUUUUUUCGUGAAUAGGGAGGUCAAACCAACCAUCAACACCGCAUAUUCACAGCACAGGUACCUUUGACAUAUUUCAAAGUACUUUAUUUGUUUUUAGUUCUAAUAUUUUUUCGAUUUUCCACUUUUUACUGCGUUUGAGCCCUUUUAAGUUGUAUCCCAUGUUUUUUUAAAAAAUUCAACUUAUGACAAUGGGAGAUAACACAUUGCACCGGCGAUGGAAAUUCUCCAUUUGUUGGUUUUAAAUAACAAUUGAUUACGGUCUUUGAAUCGUGGACUGAAGGUUAAAAUCUUCCGAGAUGAACGAUUCUGUAAGAUUGACUCUCAAGAGAAGAAAGUUCUCAAAACUAACCCUUAAACUUUUGAAUAUCUCUGUAUACUUAUUUUUUUUCUCUCUCGUAACAAUGAAGGGGGUUUAGCAGUUUUGUCAGCAACUGCUACCAAUUGUAGACGCCGGCGGUAGCAUUACACUUCUCUUCUGUUUCUUUCAAGAAUGAAGGAAUGCUUUUUCUCAUUGAUCAUGAGUCUACUGACAAUGGUAAGUAUCGAUUAUUGCAUUCACAGAUCCCUCAUUUUAAAGACACCUGAUUAUGUGACAAUUCUCGUAACGGAAUAAACUCCUGGUUCUAAUGGGCAGACUAAGAAGACAUUGUUAAAGAUUUUUCUUGAUGCGUCAUUCUUCUACUACAAACCUCACAUCACCCGUCUGUUCUGCUCUCUCAAUUGAAACCGACAGGCAUUUAUGGCCUUGCAGACCUUAUGCUUGUUUGGAUUUGUAGUUCAUCCUGCCCCGGUUUUCAUGCACAUAGCGGGUGCUUACCAUCUUGCCAAACGAAACAGCCCCGGCAAAAACCAGUGGAAUUAUCAUGAGAAAAUGGUCAAAAGGACCACCAUUAGACUUGGACCACUUUGGCCGGAAAUUUUCAUGCGGACCGAAGCGUUUCUUUUAUUUCUCCACCGAAAUUUUGGCAUAAUGGAAAGCUGCCAUAAUUUUAAUCAUUGUCUUUAUUCCUUGUAUUCAAGAGUCGUACAUCUUUUCAUGCCACCAUGAGGCUUGCCACGGAAAAUGCUUGAGUUUGAUAAGUUUCAGACCCGGCCCUAGGAGCCGAUGUCUUGAAGCCUGCAUCGCGAUCUCCCAUACAAAGAGUCAACCGGUUUGAUUUAGAAACUGUUUUCGCGGGAGUUUUGGCACGUGCCAUUAGUAUUAUUCAAUCAGAGCAAAGCUAUGAUCAUACAUCUCAUGCUGAGCGGAGAGGUAAGCGCGUCAAAAAAGCUUCAAGCUUUUAUUUGAAAGCAGUGGCAAUCGCAAUCGCAAUCGCAAAGUAAAUACAGUUGUGCGACAUGUACAAGCUUCUUAUAAUCUGAGCAAGACUGGAGUACUCCAGCCGGUACUCGGAGUACUGUUAGUGCUCGUUUUUUUUCCUCCGAGCCGCCUGUGUCACUGACUGGAUAAACAUCUUUCUCAUGAUAUGUGAGGAGUUUCUUCUAGGAAAUUAAGGGGUUAGGCCAUUUAAAAUCUCGCGAUAAGAGUUUGAUGGAGAAGAAGGGCCCAACUGCUCCCCUACCUCCGACAGAACUUGCUCAUAAAAGAACCUUUUACCUAAUUUACUUUCAUCUCUGCGUAACUUUACUCGCCAUUUUGUUCCCUUUACAGAACCAGCUUUUCUUUUUACUGCUUUGCCUUGGACUCAUGUCAGUUAUGUUUCUUUAUCAAAAUCCCGAUUGGGGCCUGGUAUCCAUCAAGCUUCUUAGUCAUCAAAAACAUUACUUGGUUAGGGUCCAAGCAGGUGAGUUAAUAGUUUCAUCCGUGAUCAUGGUGAUACACGUAUAGAUACUUUAAACUCCCGGAGGUCAUUUUAACAUUUUUAAACACCUUGUCAGGGCAAUUCCUCUCCUUUAUUGGACAGUAAGUCUUUUACAUUGGAGGUAGGAUUAGUCAGCCUGUGCGGGCAGUGUAACCCUUUUACAAGGCUCAUUUUCCACCAUGACUAUGGUCGCUUUUAGUGAGCGCCUUUAAAUGCUCCUUUUAUCUGUAGUCAUCUGUAGUCGUCGUUCUCCACGCAAACGGCAAACGUCCUGAUCAUGGACGGCCUACGCUAUGUAUUACGUUCGCCGUUUGCCGUUAGGUUUGCAUGGCGUGAAGAGUGAUAUAUGAAUUUCACGUUCAUUUGAUGUCGGAUACAUUAACAAUCGGAUGGUCAUCCGCCCCUGCGAGUAUUUGCGUUUGGUUCAUAUAGUAAAUCUUUCCAUCAUAAAUCUCAGUUUAUCGGCCCUUUCGCCAAAACGUUUGAGAAAAUCGUCAGUAAAACAUAAAACGUCUUUAAGCUUCAACAAUGAUUAAUAUGCUCUUGGCUUAAUCAUAGUGGUCUCCUUACGUUAUUGAAAUGAUGCUUUAAUUGUUUACUCCACGGUUUUUUUACUAUUUAAUUUUUUUAGAUCAAGCCAGAAACCCUGAACAACUUACAAUAAAUGGAGUCCACGACAUGACAGAAGCAGAGAUAAACCAACAAAGACCUUUGGAUUUAAAGCAAAAACUUCUUCUUCUAUCAGACGAAGAGAGCCAUUCGUCUCUCCAAGAAGAAAUAAUGUCAAAGCAGGAUCAGCAGCGCAAAGAUUCUUCUCAGUGUCUGUAUGAAGGAUUACAUAUUGCAACAAAAACGGCUGUAAAUAUGAGUUGUGUGCCCUAUAAGAGAAGUGACAAGGAUUGCCAUGAAGCCUUUAGUUACUUUGGGAUGUUCAACGUUACGAAUGCAGAUACACAUGACUGCGUAAUGCUUCCUAGCCGGCCAAUUUGUACAUUUCUCACGGAGUCGAGGUUUGGCCCCACAGAGAGAGUUUCUUGA